AUGGAAUUCGAGAGACCUCACUUCGAUGACCCCGCACUCACCAUCUUUUCUAGCCUUAUGAAACAACAUAAGGCCGAUACAAGUAUGGAGAUCCCAUGCCAUCCUUUGCUCGGUGAUCUCAGUGUGUAUCGGGAGCAUUCCGAUUGCGCAAGUAGUAGUUUGGUUGGAACGGCUUCUUCUCUGUGCAGAGCCGCAGAAGAUACCAGGGAAUCCUGUUUCCACAGUGAUAGCGACAGCGAUGUGGAUUCUUUUCCUGAUACGCCUAAUGGGUUGCAGGUCACGUCCAUAGUUGGUUGCCAUAUGUCUGACCUGAUGAUGUCAAGGGAGAAUGUUCUAAAACUUGACUGCCGUUAUAAAAAUCAACUAUCUGCCAUUCGCAAUGAAAGGGAUCAGGCCAUUGAUCGCUGGCGCCAGGAAAAUGUCAUAAAUCGGCGUCUGAUUGAAGCGUUGCAGUUUGAAAAGCAAAAGCUUGCCUCAGUGAAAAAAUACUUAAAGCUUUGCGUAUCCACUGAAAUCGUGCACAUUCCAGCGUGGCCUCCGUGUACUCCCCUUACUCCACCCCCAUCUGUCGGGAGAUCCACUGCGCCUAGCAAUGAGCACAUGUCUGAAGAUCAACAUAUCCGAUUUCUUUACGAUAACCCACUUUACCAGGGCUAUGAGCUUAAUGUUAACAUCCUCCUCCUUCGGGUGAAAACCCUUGUUGAGAAUAAUUACCCCGUCAAGGCUUUAACACUUAUCGAGGAGGCUCUUGAGAAAGCGAGCAAGCUCAACUAUACUCCUAUCUAUGCAAAAUGCUUGUACUGGAAAGGGAGGAUUUUAUAUUUAAAAGGCUGCCAAUCUGACGCUAUCAAGUUAUUCAGAGAUGCAAUGCCUUGCAUUGGAAUAUAUAAGGAAGGAGAAGAUCUUAAACGCUGGUUGCUGAAGCUCGACGAUUACCGUCACUCCUAUUGCGAUAAUCAAAGCGGAUCAGACGCAGAGAGCCCACUAUGCUCAAGGAGAAGAAAUUACAAAAACACCUGCGUGCCUGCUGCUGAGUUACCGUUAACUCCCUGA